GUGACUCCUCCAGCGAGCUGGGACUUUGUUUAUCUCGCUGCGGGUUAGCAGGAAGCGUCCUCGGGAUUCGGACUGCCGUCUUCGGCCUCUUUCGCUCCGGGAACGGGACACGGUGUCGUCUGUGCGCACGUGCAGCUCGUAGCGUCUGUUUGUCUUCCUUUUGUUCGUUAAAAAACUCGCUUUAACUCCAUCACAGCUCAGGCUCGCGGCUGCUGGGGGUUUCUCGCGGCUGCAGGAACCGUGAGGAUCUUUUUCUCUUUUGAUCGAGCACCUCUGCGCCAUGACGACCCAAGUGGACGCGUGGUCCGCCGCGCCACGAGCCGACGGAGUGGUUUCUUUUGAGGAGACCAAGGUCGAGGCCACCUGUCCCUACAGCGACGAUGAAGAGGAGCUGAUUGACGCUGAGGUCAACGGCAACUGGACACCCCAAGAAAAAGCCCUCCACGAGGCCCGCCUCAAGGCCAAAGCCAAGCGCCGCCUGCGCAGGUCCUCGUCCCGCAACUCCGCAAGCGAGUCCGUCUCCGAGUCAGGAGAGGUGGCGGGAAGCGACCCGCACAGUUUGAAGGGAAAAGUCCACAACAACGACCGCAAGUCCAGGACUGGCAAAGGCAGAGGUCUGCCAAAGAAAGGUGGGGCGGGUGGUAAAGGAGUUUGGGGCGCUGCAGGGAUGGUUUAUGAAGUUGAAGAACCGGAUGCUCAGGAUCCCAACUACGAUGAAUCGGCUCAGGGCGACACGGUGUAUGAAACGGUUGUUCCUGAGGUAGAUGAGAAGGAGUUGGAGAAGAUGGUCAACCCAAUCGUACAGGAGUACUUUGAACACGGAGACACUAAAGAGGUUGAGAUGCUGCUGAAGGAGCUGAACCUGGGCCAGCACAAGUACGAGGUCACCUCUCUGGCUGUGUCCCUGUCCCUCGAAGGCAAAGCCAGCCACAGAGAGCUGACCUCCCGCCUGCUGUCCGACCUGUCGGGCAAGAUGCUGACGCAGAGGGACAUGGCCCACGCCUUCGAUAAGAUGCUCAAGGAGCUGCCGGACCUCAUCCUGGACACACCGGAUGCUCCUCAGAUGUUGGGCCAGUUCAUAGCCAGAGCCAUAGCCGACCACGUCCUGCCCAUGAGUUUUCUGGAUUGUUAUAAAGGCAGAGUGGACUGUGACCACUCCAGGGUGGCUUUGGACCGGGCUGCAGUGUUGCUGACCAUGAAGAGGGAGAUGGUCCGUCUGGACAACGUUUGGGGUGUCGGUGGAGGUUUGAGACCCGUUAAACAUCUCAUCAAGGAGAUGAACCUUCUUCUCAAGGAGUAUCUGAUCUCAGGAGACGUUUCUGAGGCCGAGCACUGCCUGCGGGACCUGGAGGUCCCUCACUUCCACCACGAGCUGGUCUACGAGGCUGUGGUGAUGGUGCUGGAGUCUAAAGGAGACACUGCCAGUCACAUGAUGAUGAAACUUCUGCAGUCCCUCUGGAAGACGGGCCUCAUCACUGUGGAUCAGAUGAACAGGGGUUUCCAGCGCGUCUACGACGAGCUGCCUGAAAUCUGCCUGGACGUGCCGCACGCUCACUCCAUCAUGGAGACCUUUGUGGAGCUUUGCUUCAAGGAGGCGGUCAUCACCAAACAGCUGAGGGACGCCUGUCCCUCUAGAGGGCGGAAGCGGUUUGUGAGUGAAGGAGAUGGCGGGCUGAUCAAGAACUAAUCCACCUGAGGAGCGGCAGGAAGAGGAGGGUGCGUCUGUCCGUGCACCGUUUUCUACAUCUGAAGCCGAGUUCGCUCCUCCCCUGACGGUCAUUACUCAAACCAGCAUUUGGGUUCAGCUGCCGCGCGGCCUGGACGUUCACUUCUUCAUCUCGUUCUUCAGUUUGUCACCGUUGUUCUGAAGGAGGCUCUGGAUCUGUGGGCUUCAUCAGACCCUGGCUGCCUCAGUCUUUCUACCUGGAACACCUGUGAUGUCAGGUGUGCACGCUGCGUGGUGCGCAGCGUUUGGGAUCUUUUGGAGGGGGUGGGUUGAAUCAUGUUUUUCGGGGUUUUUUUUUUUUGUUUUGUUUUCCUGCGUCUCAUCUUCUUUCCUGCAGGAUCCGUGGAGGCUGAGGGAGCAUCCUGUACGGGAGCUCAGCUGCGAGGAUUAAACCUGUUCACUGCCACACAUUACUGAAAUAAUUUCCAGGAAAUUGUUCUUUGUACAUUUGUUCAUUUGGUUUGGUCACUCUGUAAAGUUCCACACGGGAGGUGCUCGGUCCGUUUCAAACGCAUUAAAGGAAAUCCACUUCAGAAAACAGUUCUGAAAAAACGGGGGUUAUUAUUUGUAAAAUGGUGAUUAUAUAAUAAAUAAACAAAAGUAUUUUGAAAAAAAAUAUAUGAUUUUUGCUUGAGAAUGACUAAUGUACAUGUAGUGACUUGGUCAGUGCAUGAUUUUACACUGUAGGUGAAUAAUGUCCUCUGACUCAGCUGGACGUGGUUUGAUGUCAAUCAGACGUCUUCCAGCUGUCCAACAUUUGAGGACGCCGUCUGUCUGAAACGUCUCUACCCCCAGAGACAGGUUGACAUGCUGACCAAAGUCCUGUCCCACUUCUAAUCUUUCAUUCAAUAAAAAGGCAACAAAGCUGAA